AUGGUGUUGAGUGCUCGGCAGCUGACUGCCAAGAUCAGCAAGAGCAAGAAUAUCAAGGCUUUGCAAAGCCUCUACCAACUUCAUGGCGACCGGAUGGAUCGCUUGCAUUUGUCGGCGCUGCUUCACCGCUGCGGACAAGUGCCAAAGUCAGAGGUUGGAUUGCCUGUGUGGCUUAAAGAGGUCGUCGGAAGGCUUCAUUGUGACGCCAAAACGCCACGUGAACUCGCCAGCGGUCUCUGGGCGCUGGCCAAGUUGCGCGCGAUGGCGGAGGCGGAAGAGUGGUUAAAGGAGCUUCCAGAGGAAAGGGAAUGGAAACCGCAGGAGUUGUCCAAUACUCUCUGGGCAUUGGCCACUUUGUCUCUCAAGGAGGAAAUGUGGUACAAGACUUUGGCUCAGUGGAGCACCAAAAGGAUGGAAAGCAUGGAAGGUCAGCACUUGGCCAACAUUUCGUGGGCACUGGCGACUGUCAGCCAUGAGGACGAGAUCUGGUUCUCAGCCCUACACAAGGAGAUGAGUCGCCGUCGAGAGAUGAACGACCUGCACUUGGAGCCGAAGCAAUUGGCCAACAUUUUCUGGGCCAUGUCCAAGUUGGGCUUCCGUGGCAGCUUGCUGUGGCAGCUGGGCGACGAUCUCUCCAGACCAGGUCGCCUGGAUCACUUUCAAGGGCGAGAUUUAGCAGCCCUGGUUCGAGCCUACGCAUCCCUGGAGGUGCUACACGAGGGUCUCUUCCGUUCAGUGGCCAGCGCUGCACAGAAGACGCUGACGAGCUUCAGUUCGCAAGACCUGCAGAACCUCUCCUGGGCUUACGCUUUGGCGAUGCGCUUUGGAUUGUCCGGAGAAGAUCUGGAAGUCGAUGGUCACGUAGCACCGGAUCUUCGUCGAUCUCAGACUCCUUCACUACUGGUGGCAGGUGCUUCUUCCAAUCGCGACGACAAGAAUGGCCACUUCGAUGAAGUGAUCGAGGUGGCGGGUGGUCUAUCCGAAGUGGCAGUCGCCGUCGCCGGGUUGGAGGCUGAUAGACCAGGCAGCCCUCGCCGUGUCUUGCUGGUGAAUCCUGCCCUGGGCCAAUUGCUUUCGCAGUGUCAAGUCGUUACCCCGUUGGACCUCGAUGG